AUGCAUUUAAGAAUUCGUUAUGUUAAUACAGGUACAGUGAAAGAAUCUGGUGAGAAACAUAAGGGAUCUGUUGAAAUUCCUAACCUGUCAGAAGAAAAUGAGGUAGAUGAUACAGAGAUAAAUGUGAGCAAAAAGAAAGGGGAAGGAGAUGUUCUGAAGGAUCUGAUGAGAACUGAAGGAACCACAAAAGUCAGAGAGGCCCUGAGAGACUAUCUGAAAGCACUUAAAACAGAAUUUACCUUGGGAAUGAUUCUGCCAACAAAAGCUCCUGUUGGUCAGGAGCUGAACACAGAGCAGAAACCAAGUGGGAACACCAUGCAAGACUCUGUUUCACCACAGUCUCUGGAUACAGUUGGAGUAAAAAUUCCAACCGUGAGGAUACUUAUGAAGGAAAUCUUCAACUCUCCAGCUGAUGAACUUUAUAGCAUCUUCACAACAAAAGAGUUCAUACAGCAGUUUUCCAAGGGCCCAGCUGUGGUGGAAGCUGAGAAAGGAGGCAAACUUCAGAUGUUUGAGGGCUGUGUCAGCGGUGAAUACACCGAACUGGUUCCAAGCCAAAGGAUCAUCCUGAAGUGGCGAUGUAGGAACUGGCCUGAUGAACAUUAUGCAACAGUUGCCUUGAAUUUCAAGGAUUUGUCGGCUCAGACAGAACUGCAGUUAGAGUGCAAAGGAGUUCCUGUCUCCAACGAAGAGAGUACAAGACAAUGUUGGAAGAAGCAAUACUUUGAAGAAAUACAUAGUUUCCUGCAGCAAUCCAAAGCCAACAUGGAAUGA